AUGCGCAGCUUCUUGCGAGUCUCCACACUACUGUUAGUAGCUCUCUGCGUCGCCACUGCAGCCCAGAACUCAACGGCGACUACACUACAAGCCGUAGCUGUGCCCUCAGCGACGAACGGCGAGAUACACGAGAGCGACCCGGCCGUAUCCAUAACCAAUCUCCACAUUCUCGGCCCGCCCCAAGACGACGAUGACGGGGAGAUCAACUACAGCACCGAGGACGGCGGCGAUGUCGAUCUGCAACAGAAGAAAGGGGGCGACGCCGGCGGAGGUCAUGGGUCCUCAUCAGGAGGCGGACAUGGGACCGGAGGCUCUGGCGGCAAAGGGGGAGGUGGUGCCGUCGUCAUAGGCUCGGGGUCGACGCAUCGUUCAGCAGCAACCCGUCGCGGACGUUGCGCACUACCAUGCGUUCUGAUGGCGAUUGGGAGCCUGGCUGUCGUCUUCUCUGCCCAGUACAUGCUGUAG